AUGCGUUUACCAGUCAAUUAUCGAGAGUUUCUUUAUCUAAUAUCUUUAAAAAAUAUAUAUAUUAAUAAGGACGCAAGAAAUGUCUUCAAACAAUUAGCAUCUAGGUUCUUUUAUGAAGAAGAAGAAAAAGAAAAAGCUGCAAAAAUUGAUUGGAGAAUUUGGAAAGCAUUACUACGCCUGAAACUAAGACUUUGUAAAAUAAAACUCGAGAUGAAUGAAUUUCUUGAACAACUGUCAUCGUUGACUUGUCUUGUCCACCUUGCGAUUUACUACAGAAAUCAUGAUAUACACCACUACGAUACUUCCCUUACCGCUAUUGAAUCAAUUCACAGCUACUUUCCACGCCUACAAUAUAUCAGUAUAGAUGCUGUAUUUAAGUCAAUAUCCGGAAAAGAAAUCGAAACAAUAAGAAACGUCGAACCAGCACACACUGUUACCAAGAUUGAUUUAUGUUUUCCGUAUAUUGAUCCAUCGUGGAUAUUUUACUUUGCCCACAAGUAUCCCAAUCUAGUCACUUGCAAUUUAAGCUCAUAUGAUGAUCUAGACUACAAUAAUUCACCACCUUCUGAUGACAAGCAGAAAUAUCAGAGUCAACUUCAAUUACUGUUAUCCGCCAAGCAAUUCUUUCCUUGUCUACAAAAAAUAGACACGAGUGUCUACGACAUUAAUCCCUGGCCACAAUAUUUAUUUUAUGACGCUCUUCAAUGCUUUAACGUAAAGAUCAAGGAUGUUACAAUUGAAUUUUGGGAGAAGACAUCAAAAGUGGCUAAUCCAAACACGUGUAUCACAUAUUUUUCUGAAUCAGUGAAUAACUUGCUCAUCAAUUAUAACCAUUCCAGCCUGGCUAAACAUAAAGAAGAAAAAUUACUCGCCCAUUUCAACAAUUUAACUGUAUUGAAGAUAGAAUAUGGUGGCUAUAUGAACAUGGAGAAUAUUUUGGAUCAUUUUCCAGACUUGCAAUCAUUAUAUAUAUAUUAUACAGAGAUUUGUUCCCCAAAAUAUUCACAGUCUACACUCUUACCACACCCGCUACAGGCACUGGAAUAUAGUGAAAUAGGAAUCGAUACACAUGUUUUUAGAUACAUAUCUUCCCGUUGUAGACAGCUGAGAUAUAUGACAUUGGAUGAGAUCUAUUAUCAUCAUUCUGACAUUGAAGAAACCGGACAAGUACUUGUGGAUAUGCCCUUUUCACAACUAAAAUGGUUAAAAACAUACGAUUACGGAUCUACUUUUGAAUCGCACCCUAAAAAUAUUAUCAUUGAACAAAUGGGGAAUGCUAACAGCGAUCAAGGACGAACGCCUCAAUUAAACUGGUACCAUGUGUGCGUUGACGGUAUGCACGAAAUGUACAGAUUAUCUGCGUGGGAACUUGGAAGGCGUGACAUCAAACUUGCACAGAGAUACCUUAAAUGCUUUAGACGAAUAAAAUGA